GGAACGGUUGUCGCGAAUGUGAAGGAUUGCCCUUUAAAGUAAUGUCUUUAAAGUCACACUGAAUCUGUGUGUUAGACAUCAAGUACAACCGGUUCCACCCGAGAAACGUCGCGUCUCUUGAUUGUAUCGUGCAGUGAUGCUUCCGGCUUCCGGCUGUGACUGCCCCCACCUGGACUGCGUGGGGGAGAUCACCAAGGAGGAACUCAUUCAGAAAUCACAUGGGCACUGCCAAGACUGUAAAGUUGGAGGACCAAACUUGUGGGCGUGUUUGGAGAAUGGCUGUGCAUAUGUAGGCUGUGGAGAAUCUCACACCGACCACAGCACCGUGCACUCACAGGAGACGAGGCACAACCUCACGGUGAACCUGACCACGCUCAGAGUGUGGUGCUACGCCUGCGGCAAGGAGGUUUUCCUGGAGCGUAAGCUUGGUCCUCACUCUGCCCACGCCAACCGCAAACUCCUCCAAUCUCCACAGAAGGCUGGACAGGAUAACAACAGGGUGCCCGGGAGCCCAACCUCUCUGAGAGUGCCCCCUAAUGGAGGCUGCGAAGACCUGGAUAUGGAGACGGAGGAGGAGGAUGAACUGCGUGCCAGAGGCCUGACGGGGCUGAAGAACAUCGGCAACACCUGCUACAUGAACGCUGCCCUGCAGGCCCUGUCCAACUGCCCGCCCUUGACGCAAUUCUUUCUUGAAUGCGGUGGCAUGGUGAGGACAGACAAGAAACCUGCACUCUGCAAAAGCUACCAGAAACUAGUGUCAGACCUGUGGCACAAGAACAGACCCUCCUACGUGGUCCCAACCAACUUGUUCCAGGGGAUCAAAGCCGUAAACCCCAUGUUUAGAGGAUAUUCUCAGCAGGACUCUCAGGAGUUUCUGCGCUGCCUGAUGGAUCAACUUCACGAGGAGCUGAAGGAGACUCUGCCGGAGCCCUACGACCAGUCCAACGGCAUCACCGUGAACAACGGCCCCGAGGAGGACAACCGCAGUCAGUCAGACGACUUCCAGUCAUGCGAGUCCUGUGGCAACAGCGACCGGGCCGAUAAUGAGGUGCAGGGCGGUAACGUGAUGAAGGAAGACACCAACGAGGCCGAGAUGCUGAUUCCUGAGCAAGAUGAGAUCCAGUCCAACAGGGAGUGGCAGAAGGAGAAGAACAUGAUUAAUGACCUUUACCGAUCUGGAGGUAAUGGGGUUUUGGGUGGAAGCACUGGAGUGGACAUGGACAAAGAUGUUGACACCACGGCCAUUAUCAGCAGCCAGGGAGCCAUCAAAGUUCAAGGAAGAACAUCAGAUUCCUUCCCAGACAUCCAAAUGUCCAACUCCACAAGACCACAGAGUCCAGUCCCGAUGGAGGGACACGUUCCCAAAAUGUCCAACAGCCCGCCCAAAGCUGCUUCAGGCUGGCCCAGCCUCAACACGGCACACAAGAAAGCAGUGACCACAUUCUGCCCACCCAAGAGCAAGCGUCAGAAGAAAUACCGCAGUGUUAUCUCAGAUGUGUUUGAUGGGACCAUUGUCAGCUCCGUUCAAUGCCUCACUUGUGAUCGGGUGUCGGUGACCCUGGAGAACUUCCAGGAUAUCUCGUUGCCCAUCCCAGGCAAGGAAGACCUGGCCAAGCUCCACUCCGCCAUCCACCAGACCUCCCUGAUUAAAGCCGGCUCUUGUGGUGACGCUUAUGCACCGCAGGGCUGGAUUUCAUUUGUCAUGGAAUACAUCAAGAGUCCAUCCCUCUAUUCUAUUUGUAGUUGGUUCUGGGGUCCAGUGGUUACGCUACAAGAUUGUCUUGCAGCUUUCUUUGCCAGAGAUGAACUAAAGGGAGACAACAUGUACAGCUGUGAAAAAUGCAAGAAAUUACGAAACGGAGUCAAAUUUUGUAAAAUGCAAAGUUUGCCAGAGAUCUUGUGUGUCCAUUUGAAACGCUUCAGGCACGAACUGAUGUUCUCCACCAAGAUAAGCACCCACGUCUCCUUCCCGCUCGAGGGCCUGGACCUGCAGCCUUUCCUGGCCAAAGACAGCGCCGCCCAGACCACCAACUAUGACCUGCUGUCAGUCAUCUGUCACCACGGCACUGCCAGCAGUGGCCACUACAUCGCGUACUGCAGGAAUGAUGUGAACAAUCUGUGGUAUGAAUUUGACGACCAAAGUGUGACCGAGGUGUCUGAAUCCUGUGUCCAGAAUGCUGAGGCCUAUGUGCUCUUCUAUAAAAAGAGCAACGAGGAUGCACUCAAAGAACGCAGGAGGGUGUCUGGUUUAUUCAACAUGAUGGAGCCCAGCCUUCUGCAGUUCUACAUCUCCCGCCAGUGGCUUAACAAGUUCAAGACCUUUGCUGAGCCGGGGCCCAUUUCCAAUGACGACUUCCUGUGUUUGCAUGGAGGUGUGCCCCCAAACAAAGCAGCGUGUAUCGACAACUUGGUAGUAAUGCUGCCGCAGAACGUGUGGGAUCACCUUUACAGCAGGUAUGGCGGAGGACCGGCUGUAAACCACCUGUACGUUUGCCACACAUGCCAGAUUGAAAUAGAAAAAGUCGAAAAACGGCGCAAAUCAGAGCUGGACAUGUUUGUCAGGCUGAACAAGGCGUUCCAGGAGGAGGAGUCUCCAGUGGUCAUAUACUGCAUCAGCAUGCAGUGGUUUCGUGAGUGGGAGGGCUUUGUCAAAGGAAAAGACAAUGAACCACCGGGACCCAUUGAUAAUUCCAAGAUUACAGUAAACAAGAAUGGCCAUUUAACACUUAAACAAGGAGCGGACUCGGGACAGAUCUCUGAGGAGACGUGGAACUUCCUCCACUCCAUCUAUGGCGGCGGUCCACUUGUGACGGUCCGUCCAAACAUCAGCCACCAGGAAGCAAAAUCAUCGCAGUCUGAGGAGAAGAUCGAGAUGGAGACGCGCUCCGUUUAAUCAAGCACUCUGCAGAAAAUAACGAAACAUUCAAGAAACAAAAAGCAUUUUCAUUUUGCACUUGACUUUUAUUUCAAAAGCAUUCAAGCAAUGGACCUCAUCUUUAGCGCUACAGGACAGUUUUUGACUUCUGACAGGUGGAAUUAACAUGUCCGAAAAGCUUUGUUAUGUUGUACAAAUCUAUUUAAUGAUGUCUUAAAUUUAUAUUAGCACUCAUGUGUCAGGUUAUUUUAAGAUCCAAGCAUUUAAAUUAUGUGCAGCUAAAAUUUCCACUGAAUGAAUGCUAUAUAUCUUUUUUUUUUCUAGACCAAAUGAGCACAUAUUGUACGUCCAUGUGUUACUGAUUUUGUUUAAUCACAAUACAUCUUGCUGUAGAUAUAUCACACAUUUUCCUGUUGUAAGAGAAUAUUGUCAAAUGAGAAGUAAAAUGUGAUGGAAAUCACGAGGUUAUGAAGGGACUAAUUACUGAGUAGUCUCAGGAAUUAAUUUAGUGUCUUGCACUGUUCUGUAGUAGAAGUACACAUUGGCAUGCUUAUGCAAAUGUAUGGUUUGUAUUUGAAUGUACCAGUACUGAUAGUAUGUCGGUCAAGAUUCAGCACUUGGUAACUUAGCACAUAAGGGAGCGUUAUAAUAUAAUAGUUUUUUUUGAAAAUAUGUGGCAGGCAGUCUUAAGAAUGCAUGCUCUCACACUUAAUCCCAGUUUAACAUCACAUGUAAAUGCAAAGCUGCUCAUAAAAUGUGCACGCAAAACAUGAUCUGGAUCAAUCUUCACUAAAUUAUACAGCUAUAGAGAGCACAUUGCAGUAUGUAAUCAGCAGCAAGGCAUUAUUUGUGUGUAAGGGCAUGGUGUUGCUUAAGGUGUUGGCUGACAGGGUCGAGAGAAUGCUGUACUCUUAAGGUCUUGCAUCUAGCUGUCGAGUAAGAUCUAUCCUGAAUUUUGCUGACUGACUAUUAAAUCUUGAUCAAAAACAUG